AUGGCGGAGUAUAAACAAUGCACGUCAGGUUAUUUUGAAAUCCAUGCUCGCGAUUCCGGAGAUUCACGACUUUCAACCCCUCACCUGCCACAAGUUGAUAUGGUCAGGCGUCUUGGUAUGCCUUCUGAGCAAGAUCACUCAGGGGGUCUCCCUGAUUCCCCUUCUGUUGAUCAAGCGACUCCCGCUAUUGCGCGACGACCGUCGCAUCAUCGAUACGCGCGUGAUGAAGUUCGUUAUAGAUCCGAAAUUCGCGAAGAGGCUGUAAAAGAGGCUCUUCAGAAAGAACCAAGUCUCUGCUUAGAGUCUCUUCGCCCCAGCAAACGUCGCCAGCCAACUCCCUCCGUCCCUGAACCUGGUCCAUCUCAUGCACGAAGUGAAAGUGAAUCAGAAACUAGCUUGGACACAUCAACAUCCCGACAGUGCCUGGCAGUUCCAAAUUCUUCUGCCUGCUGUCAUGCCUUCUCGUUGGCAACUCUUAUGCUUUAG